AUGCUUUCUCGUUCAUUACGUAUUGCUAGACCAAUCAGCAAUAACUUGAGAUUAUUCUCCACCGCUAGAGUUACCUUACAAAAGACUGUUGUCCCAACUGCUAAGACUUUAGGCGAUGUUACCGGUCCAGAUGAUUCCUUGAUUGGUCCUGGUGCCCAACCAGGUACUAUUCCAACUGAUUUAGAUCAAGCUACUGGUUUAGAAAGAUUUGAAUUAUUGGGUAAGAGAGAAGGUGUUGACGUUUUCGACAUGGAAAAGCCAAUCACUGAAGGUAGUGGUACCAUGGCAGACCCAUACUUGGUUCCAUCUUACAUUGGCUCCAGAUAUGUUGGUUGCACCGGUGCCAAGGGUGGUGAAGAACAUAACCCAUACUGGAUGCAAGUCGAAGAAGAAAAGCCAGGUAGAUGUUGGCAUUGUGGUAACGUAUAUGCCAUUAAAUACUUAGGUGAACCAGGUCACAGCCACCACUAA